GAGCGCGCACGCGAGCAGACGGAUCAGAGGAGACGCGCGUCACGAAUCCGCAGAGAUGCUGAAGGAGCCGCGAUAAUAAAGGGACGUUUACAAAAAAAAAAACUCGGCGCUGUUUGUGCAUAUGUCAGAGGAAAGGAUAUCUCCCGCCGUCCUCAUGGAUGAGCUGUCCGCAUAUAUACACCAUCUGACGUGUUCGACAUGAUUUUAAAGCGCAUUUUGUGAGAUUUAUAAACCACACCCGGCGCUGUGAGGAACGGGAUUGAGUGGGCACCGCACGGCUCCAAUGCCAGACCCCGACCCCUGUCGCUGGCGUUAGGGGACGAGCUCGACCACAGACAGGAUGAGCGCAGGGCAGGAGCAAACAGACAUCCUGUCCGCGGGCAUUCUGGUGAAGGAACGAUGGAAAGUACUGAAAAAAAUUGGCGGUGGUGGCUUUGGCGAGAUCUACGAGGCUCUGGACCUGAUGAACCGCACCAGUGUGGCUCUGAAAGCAGAGUCCGCUCAACAACCCAAACAGGUUCUGAAAAUGGAGGUGGCAGUGCUGAAGAAACUGCAAGGAAAAGAUCACGUUUGUCGGUUUGUUGGAUGUGGCCGCAAUGAUCGCUUUAACUAUGUUGUCAUGGAGCUUCAGGGCCGUAAUUUAGCGGAUCUGAGGAGGAGCAUGAACCGUGGCACUUUCACAAUCAGCACUACACUCAGACUGGGUCUGCAGAUCCUGGCGGCCAUUGAGAGCAUCCACUCAGUUGGCUUUUUACACCGUGACAUCAAACCGUCCAACUUUGCCAUGGGCCGAUUCCCUAGCACAUGUCGAACUUGCUACAUGUUAGAUUUUGGUUUGGCGCGCCAAUUUACAAACUCCUGCCUAGAAGUCAGACCGCCCCGUCCUGUUGCAGGGUUUAGAGGUACAGUACGAUACGCCUCAAUCAAUGCCCAUAAGAACAAGGAAAUGGGAAGACAUGAUGACUUGUGGUCUUUGUUCUACAUGCUGGUGGAGUUCAUGGUUGGGCAGAUACCCUGGAGGAAGAUAAAAGACAAGGAGCAAGUGGGGAAGUUAAAAGAGACGUACGAUCAUCGGCUCAUGUUGAAACAUCUGCCCCCAGAAUUCAGUAUCUUUCUGGAGCACAUCAGUAAUUUGGACUACUUUACCAAACCUGACUAUCAGCUACUGAGGACCAUUUUUGAGAAUAGCAUGAGAACCUACUACGUAGUGGAAAAUGACCCGUAUGAUUGGGAAAGGAUGAACUCAGAUAGCCCACUGACAAUCACCACUGCGGCAAACACGCCACAGCACCAUACUCGCCUCACACCAGCUCAGAUGGGCGUUGUGAAUGCCUCACUGCUGCCUGGAGAUCUUCUGAAGGAGAACACAGAUGAAGUUCUGCAAGAUGAGCACCUCAGUGAUGGGGACAAUGCUCGGCCCGAGAACCUGCCUGGAUCUCCGAACCUUCCUCUCAGGAACCAGGAGACUGAUGUCUGGGAGGACCUGGACCGCAACCGGAACCGAAUCUGUCCUGCUGUCUGGAAGAUGGGAACAGAGGAUGAACAUAGCAACCAAGGCAAUCAGAGCCCCCAUGCAGGGCCUAGCAUUGGUUCACCAGUGCGAGUCCGGUCAGAGGUGGUGCCCUCAGAUAAAGACACUCCUCUUCUGAGGAAACUGCGCAACAUCCAUAGCUUUGAGCUGGAGAAGAGGCUAACUUUGGAGCCCAAACCCAACACUGAGCGUUUUGUAGAGGCCUGUUCUGGCAAGCAGCCACCUCGUACAGCACAGGAACGGGACGCUGAUGGGGUCCCUGCCAUGGCCAUGUUGAACGGAAGUCACACAGAGCGUGUUUGGCACUAUGACGAGGAAUUCCGCUCUGGUGGUGGCUCGCCCAAGCCUGCUUCACCGGGAUCUCCUGAGCAGGGCGACGGUGCAGCUAACAGUGGCUUUGUUGCUCUAAACCUGAGCUCAGGUUUACAAGAUGUUGAGUUGCGUGACUGGGUGAUGGUAGAAAAGGGCUCUGACCUGCAGGACUUCAAAGAGGCAGCAGGAAGUAGCCCAGGUCGUGAGACUAAACUAACUAGUAGCCCAUCUGAUGAGUGUGAAGAGGAGCCAGAAGUUUUGCAGCCAAUGGAUGAAUCACCGGAUAAAGAAUCCACUCCCAGUCCCGUACAUGGAGAUGCCCACAUGCCUCACACAGUCCAGGGCCCUCAAAGGAUGGAUCGGUUGGAGCUCAGUGUAUUCCCCUCUGCUGGUGGGCCUCCUGUUACCCCCACCAGCCCUGGUGAGGCACUGGCCGAAGGAGCACUCACACAGCUGCCCACCUCUCCUGCAUCCCAACCUGAGGAGCUUGUGGCAAGGACGUGCAGCCCCCUGCACCUGCGCUCCCCUAGCCCGCUCACCCUUCCGACCACCCUGUCGGACCCCCUCCACCAGCGAGCCCCGCCUGGGUUGUGGCGCAGCCAAUCUGCAGACCACCAACACCACCCUUCCUCUUCCACCUCCUCGUGCCACGCCUCGCUGCCAACCUUCCCAGCCCGUGCUGCUCAUUCUCCUGGACGCAGGAAACUUCCUGCCAUUCCAGCGACAGCUGCAAACACCAAGUUCCCCUCAGUCAUACGAAUCACCCGCGCUCAGCUUCAGCAGCUGACAGCUCAGCGCCCCUCUGUGCUGUCCUCCCAAUCUGCAUCCGACAGUGUUCCACUGGAGAGACGCGAUACUGAAAAUGGCAACAAUGAGAUGCAUCCACAUGACAACACAGCUGACAUCAACUCCCCACAGGAGCAGGUUGCCUUCCAGCCAACCAGCCCCUCUAAUGUUGAGGGGGAUCCUUUGCUAAAUGGAAAUGGCCCUCUGAAACCUUCAAGCCCAGUGCCAAACCUGGUUCCGUCUCCACGGACACCUCCCUCUCCGCGUAGCCCAGUUCUGAUGAAUGGCUGUCUUACACCUCCUUCAGACACACAGAGAGAUGGCAACGAGCAGCCCCCAAAACUAAAAGACCCCAAGAGGGAGUCUCCCAUCAUUGAGUGCUCCAUUGAGCCCAACCAGUGCACUUUGGAGGAGAGAAAGGAAGAUGCUCCUUCCAGAAAUGGCCCUACUUCUCCAGUCUCUGCUCCCAAACAAGACCCCAGUCGUCGGCACAGCCGUAUUCCAGUGUUAGAACCAUCUAGCCUUCUGGAUCCACCACCUGGAUCUGCUAAAGAGAAGCUGCUGCAAAGGAGGGUUCACCACAUUCCAAUUUCACCCUCCGCUUCCCCGUCGCUAUCCUCCGACAGGCGUGUAAUCGUGGCUGCUAUGCAGCGGGACCAGAUUUCUUCUGCCUCUUCUGAACGCUCUCAAGAUGAAGAAUCACUUCUGGGUUCUCCUUCCGAUCGUCAUGGAGAUGAUGCUCCCUCACUGUCCUCAUCCUCCAGCCCACUUUUACGGAAGAGCAAGAUACCACGUCCAGUUACCCCCACAACAAGCGAGGAAGCCAUUACUGCACACUUCAUGCCCCGUCCACCACCUGGAAAACCUCCUAGCCGCUCCACUGUGGAUGGAAGGCUACGGCGGUACAGGAUUCGUGCUGGCAGCACCAGUGACUCAGAUCUGCUGACCUGUCUGGCCCAGCUAAUGCACGCCAGCUCGCCCCGUGGCUCUCCGCACCCCAGCUGCUCCUCCCCUCAGCACAUGGGCGCCAGGCACGUGUUCGUCGGUCCCACCGCUGCUCACCACCUCCACCAGCGCAGCUCUAGCGCCUCCCCCCGCAGCUACUCCUCAUUACAGCGCUCUGUCAGCUCUUCCCCAUCCCGCCACGAGCACCGUGGGGGCUGUCUGGGCCGCAGCCGUUCUCCUCCCAGUUUAUCGGGCUCACCUCCCCUGCGCCGCUCUCAUCCUCACUCAAAGGAAGGAUGCUGUGGGAGACAGGCCCGCUCUUCCACCGUACACACCCAGCAGGGCAAAGCCAGCAUCCGUGAGGUCAGGUGCUCAAGCAAGCUGAGCAGAUAGUCAACCACAGGUUUCAGACACUGGUGGAAGAUAUGAACGAGUGAAAGUGUGAAAGAGUGAAAAUUUCCACAAUAGCUAAAGAAAAAUAUGAUUCUCAUUCCUUCGCGCAUCUGCUACUCCUUUGCUUUCUCUCCAUCAGUAGCUUUUGGGAACACCAAAGUCACUUUUAGAACAUGGGAGGUUAUACAUGAUGGCGAUUGGCUGGAUCUUUAGUAUUUUAUAGUUUCUUUUCUUUCAAACAUUCCAGAGCUUUUAUAAUAAUGAUUGUAUGUAUUCAUGAUCUAUGUGAGGUUUGCAUCAAGAUUGGCUGUACUAUAGUAUUUAUGACAUUAUUUAUUUGGGCUUUGAUGCAUUGCAGCCCUCUCUGAGCAGUGGCAGGUACACUGAUAGAUCAUGCCAUCAUUAACCAUUUCUGUGCUUGUGCUUUGGCUACUGUCAGCACUUAGACAUGGCCUCAAACAUUGUAUGCAAGUAUGUGAACUGAAAUGCUUUAAUUGGCAUUAGGGCUGUCAAAAUGGCUGAAAAACUAAAUUCGAAUUUUGUACUUAAAUAUCAAUAUUCCAAAUUCUAUUCAAAUUUAAAAUGCAUAAUAUCAGUUAGGGUGAGAAAAAGCUUUAGGCUUCUCUCCUGAGGCCACAAGAGGGUGCCUAGAGCAAAAUACUACCAAUGACUGUUUAUUCAAAGCAAUAAAAUAACAUGACUAUCUGUGAAAAAAGUGCAUAAUGUUUAAAAUAAUGUUUGUAAACCAAUUAUAAUUAAUUAAGUUGCUUAAACAACUAUAAACAAAGCAGCAUCAUGUUUGCAUAGUUUAAUACAAAGGGCCGAAAGCCAAUCACUUGGCUUUUUUCAUUAAAGAACAUGAGCUGCAGUGGGAUGGGGAAAAACCCCCCCACUAUAAAGUCUCGAGAUAUGUUUUUUCAAAGUUGAACUCGCAUUAAUUUUACAUGGCUUUCUAAACAUGCAGCUGCAGAUGCGAGUGCAACGGUAAUAUGUGUCCCUUUAGAAAAUGCGUGAAAUAUGCGUUCUGUGUGAAUGGCUUGGUUUCAGUUUUGAUGUAAACAAGAUCUUCUCCCCAUUGAUGUUCUCUUUUUCCGUAAUAUUUUUAAUGAACAACACAGCAGCAUCGUAUCUAGUGGCUUCAACUGGAUAGGCUAACAAAAACAUUAUAAUGCAACGAUACUUACAUCGUCAUUGCAUCUUGAGCGCCACUGAUAAGGCUGCCUCCUUAAUGCACACCUAAAAAUUAGAAUUUUUAUUUGAAAUUCGACAAAUAUUUGAAAUUCGAAAAAUAUUUUGACAGCCCUAAUUAGCAUGUUGCAUUCAAAAUCUCUGAAACAAAAAGUCAGUCAUUAGUUUUCUUACAUGGUAAAGCCCAAAGUAUACUUCGGUUUUUACAUGUAUGUGAGAAUCCAUGAACAGUGUGCGUGACACAAAUUUCAUCACCAGAAUAGUAUGCAUAGAUAUGUGUGUGUGUAUAUAUAUAUAUAUAUAUAUAUAUAUAUCUAUGAUAGUACGCAUGUGCACCACUCAAUUUUUGUAACCUCAUGUACAUUGCAGGUCACAUGUGCAUUCAAUUUGUUUUGCACUAAUCAGUUGUUCCACAAGGUGGCAACACUGGCCGCUGUUUCACAGUAGAAAAUGAAACUAAAGAUAAAUAGAAAAGGCAAAUAGCAACUGCAACAGCAACACACACCUGCACUGAGAAGCGCAUGCGUGAGGGGUUAAUGAGACAGCAGCAUCUUUAGUUUAAAAGAGUACAAAUAUAUUUUUAUCAGUCAUAAUAACUUCUGGAGAAAAGUAGUGCAGACACUGGACUAAGAUGAACCUAUGUUUGCGUUUGCUAUCAAAUGGAGUUUACUUUGAAAGGCUGUGCGUUCGACUGUACGCAUACGCUAACAUACACAUACAUAAACGAAGUAUACACUUUGGGCUUAAGAGUUUAUUUUUAGCUCAAGUAAAAUCAUGAGCGGAGCAAGAGUUAGACUUACUGAGUUAGUUUACACCUAAAUAAAAAUCUGUCAUCAUUUACCCACCCUUGUGUUGUUCCAAAACUUUCUGUGGAACAUAUAAGAAAAUAUCAGAAAGUAUUUUUUGUCCAUACAAUAGAAGUAAGUGAUUGGUUAAUCGGUGAUGAAUAAUCACUGAUUAACCAAAACUGUUUGGUUACCAACAUUCUUCAAAAGAUAUUCUUGUGUGUUCCACACGAAAAAAGUUUUGGAGCUACAUAAAGGUGAGUAAAUGAUGACAGAAUUCUCAUGUUUGGGUGAACUAUGCCUGUGUUCAAUGGGACCAUGUGCUUAUUCUUGCGUAGACUGUUUCUGACCUCACUUAGUUUGCAAGAGGAAGAGUUUUUCAAGAUAUGGUGAUCACUGAAACAAUCGGGGGGAAAAAAAGUGUUCUUGCGUUUUGACGUGCCUCAAGAAGUUUUGCUUUGGAGUAUAUUGUAUAUAAGGCAGGCUCAAGCUUUCAGAAUCUGGAGACACUAACUAUCUGUUCGUUUUCCUUUUCUGUAGAGCCUCUGGUAUCCCACAGCAAUGUACCAUUUCCAGCAGAACACAAUGUCAUAUAAGUCACACUUGUUUUUACUGGUUAUUUGCAGGCCCUCAUAUAAUCUAUGCCUGUUAUACUUUGCAAUGACCCUCCAUCAUUGCAUUUUGAAUAUACAAUAUUUUAGUUGAUGUGAUUUGUGCUUUCAGCUACUAAUAAGAUUGACGUACUCUUAGCUCUGUUAAACAUUUACCAUUGUUAACCCAUUUUACAGAUUCCAAGCAGAUUCUCUCUGCGUGUCUUGGCUUUGCAUAUCAAAAAUGAUUGCUCACCUUGCAUACAAUAUCAGAGAUCUGUCAACUUAAUGUUAAAAGGGAAGGUUUUAAAAUUGCAAUAAUUUCUUAUUUUAUGGGAAGAGUUCUGGUAUGAUAACAGUAGCCAAUAAUCAUUGAUUAAACGUAUAGUUUUAUUAUAUGUGCCACAUGAUAUAUCCAAUCAAACAAAACUGAACAAAAGUUAGUUUACAUUCCAGAACCUCAGCAUUUUGGGCUGCUAUUUGGCAUUUGUCAUUCAUAUCAAAGUUUUACAUGUUUCAGAGUUCAUGAAAAAAAUGAUGAUACCUAUUUUUAAAAAGCAUGCAGCUAAUUCCCUUCAAAGACCGGAACAUUAAGUUACACAGCCGUCUUCCUUCUCCGCCUGUACAAUGCUGUAAUAUAGCUUCCACUUCCCAUAGAAGGCCAACUCUUUGCAUGAGCUACAGAAAAAUAACAAAACGCUGCCAUGUACAAUAAACACAGCUUACAAGUUUUCAUAUACCAGGAGUUUGUAGCCUGAUAAGAACUGUCAGCUUGUAAAUAGGGCCUUCAUGUUUGUUUUCCUGUCUGUCCUCUGGUUUAUGUCUUAAAUUGAUUCUAUUAACCUCAUUACCCAUGUUUUAACUUUAUAUCAGCACUUGCAGAGAGACAGUUUGUGUACCAACUCAAUCCUCAACUGGUUAAUAUGCAUUUAUGUGUAUGAGGAUGUAAUCUGGUAGGUGAUUUACCAGAGCAUGUGGGAUAUCAGCAUAUGGCAUCAUAAAAAUCCUAAUAUUUUCUCACAGUAUGAAAUAUAGGGAUUAGAGAAAAGGCAUAAGUAGCAAGAUUUAUUUAUUUAUUUUUAUUUAUUUUAAUUAUUAAUAUAGCAUCACAUUAGUCAGACACUAAUUACAGUUGCAAUCACAGCCUUGUAUAAUAUAUAGUCAGUUUUUGGUAUUAAUGAGUCAGAUUUAAGACACUAUCUGGUCAAUCACCAUAUUAAAAAUAGCUGUUUUCUACCAUCACUGCAAUAAAUCCUUUGGCCGAAGGAGAUUACAAGCAAAUUUCAUCAUAACAAACUUUUCAUGUUUAUCAGAUUGCUGUUUAAUAACAAAGAAAACAGCACAGAAUUGUCCAUCUAUUUAUUGAUUAGUGAAAUACCAUUUAGUAUACUGGUUUUAUCCCAUACAAAACAGACUAUUUAAAAACAAAUUUAUGUCACUGAGGUUGUUUUUCUUUGCUUGUUGGAUCACUACCUUUUUUUUUUUCUCCAUGCAUUUUGUCUGUAUAUCUGUAUAUCGAACACUGAAACUGCACAGUAUUGUUUUGACAAUGGACUGAAAGUUAAUCUGUGUAGUAGCUACGAUUUCUCUGUUUGCAUUUCUUCUCUAACAAUGCAAAGGGAAUGAACAAAACUAGAAAGUUGUGAAUGUUCCAAAGGCUGAAUUUCUCUAUUACUGCUAUAUUAUUAAUUGUCGCAAAAUGACACGUAAUGAUGUAACAGUAUGAGAAAAGAAAAUAAUACAUGAUACAGUUUUACAUUUGUACAAUUUUUAUUUAUUAAUUUUUUUCUUACUACAUAUUGUUGUUCACAAUUUGUGAAGUUAAAUGUACAGUGUACAAAAGAAUGUUAUGGGGUGGGACAUUGUACAUUAUUGUAAUUAUUUGUGUUAUUUUUAUUUGUAUCAUAAAUGCCUUGUACAGUGUUAUUUUUCGUUUAGUUGUUUUUUUUUUCCGUUGGAAUUAUUUUGUAUUUUAUUUUUAUAAACUUGCUAUGAAUAAAAUUUUCAUUCAG